CAGCUCCGGAGUCCCUCGCGGGCCGGGGCGGGGCGUCCGGCCAGCUGAGUUAUUCGGGCUGACCGCGCCAGUUUGAAUGAAAGCUCCGCAAGAUGGCGGCGGCCAGGGCCAAGGCACGGAGCGGUGAGGCCAGAGCGCGGUGUCACCGGGCUCCAGGUCCGCCCCAGAGGCCCAAGCCCAGGCGAACGACGAGACGCUGCCGCGCGGACACCGUGACGGCGCGACGCUCGCGGUCGUCUGCGGGCGGGAGACGCGCCGGCUCCAACCGAGCGAGGUCCAGAGCUCCGCGGGCCGCGGUCUUUGGCGGCGAGUGUGCACGAGGUGCCUCAUUCAAGGCCUGGUGUGUGCCUUGCCUAGUUUCACUUGAUACUCUCCAGGAAUUAUGUAGAAAAGAAAAGCUCACAUGUAAAUCGAUUGGAAUCACCAAAAGGAAUCUAAACAAUUAUGAGGUGGAGUACUUGUGUGACUACAAGGUAGUAAAGGGUGUGGAAUAUUAUCUUGUAAAGUGGAAAGGAUGGCCAGACUCUACAAACACCUGGGAGCCCUUGUGGAACCUCAGGUGCCCACAGCUCCUGCAGCAGUUCUCUGACGACAAGAAUACUUACUUAUCCCAGGGAAGGAAAUGCAAGGCCAUCACUUCAAAAGACAAUAACAAAUCCUUGCAACCUGCAGUUGCUGAGUAUAUUGUACAGAAAGCUAGGCAAAGAAUAGCUCUGCAGAGAUGGCAAGAUUACCUCAACAGAAGAAAGAACCACAAAGGGAUGAUAUUUGUUGAAAAUACUGUUGACUUAGAGGGCCCACCUUCAGACUUCUACUACAUCAAUGAAUACAGGCCAGCUCCUGGGAUCACCUUAAACAGUGAAGCUACCUUUGGGUGUUCGUGUACAAACUGCUUCUUUGAAAAGUGUUGUCCUGCUGAAGCUGGAGUUGUUUUGGCUUAUAAUAAGAACCGACAAAUUAAAAUCCAACCAGGCACUCCCAUCUAUGAAUGCAACUCAAGGUGCCGAUGUGGACCUGAUUGUCCCAAUAGGAUUGUACAAAAAGGCACACAGUAUUCCCUGUGCAUCUUUAGAACUAGCAAUGGCUGUGGCUGGGGUGUAAAAACCCUUGUGAAGAUUAAAAGGAUGAGUUUUGUCAUGGAAUAUGUUGGAGAGGUGAUCACCAGUGAAGAGGCUGAGAGACGGGGACAGCUCUAUGACAACAAAGGGAUCACCUACCUUUUUGAUCUGGACUAUGAGUCUGAUGAGUUCACAGUGGAUGCAGCUCGAUAUGGAAAUGUGUCUCAUUUUGUGAAUCAUAGUUGUGACCCAAAUCUUCAGGUGUUUAGUGUUUUCAUCGAUAACCUUGAUACUCGGCUUCCCAGGAUAGCAUUGUUCUCCACAAGAACCAUAAAGGCUGGAGAAGAGCUGACUUUUGACUAUCAAAUGAAAGGCUCUGGAGAACUGUCUUCAGACUCUAUUGACUACAGCCCUGCCAGAAAAAGGGUCAGAACCCAAUGUAAAUGUGGAGCUGAGACCUGCAGAGGUUACCUCAACUGAAAGUUCAGGAAGUGGAGCUCACGUUGUUUGUUUUUUUGUUUUGUUUGUCUUCUAACAACUGAAAAAAGUAUUUGGGACUCCUUUCUAUUACCUAUGUAUUGUAUUAUAUGAUGUUAAUGUACAAUUCAUGGCUCAAGAUAUAUGCCAAGUAUAUUACUAUUGAUUCUAAAAAGGACUGCAAGGCCAUGUAAACAAGAUGGUGGUUACAUGGGAAGUGAAAUGUAUAAAUCACUUGAGAGUCGAAGUAGACAGUCGUCCCUUUAGUGUUGGAAGUGAGUCGACCACAGCUAUUAUGGAGCCUUACCCUGCCUCAAACAGAGAACUCACUUUAGGCAAAUGUAUAAAUUUUAUUUUUUUACUAUAUUGUUUCUGUUUAAUACUCACUGAUCUUGUAUCAGAGACAAAUAAGUGACACUGAAUUUUUUACUGUAUUUUCUACUUUUACAUUAAAAUAUUGGCAUCUUAAUGAUAUAUUUCAGGUGUAAAAAAUGUGAAAGAUUUACUUUUAGCUUGAUCUUACUUUGAAGCAAUAGAUACCGUUACAAAGGUAUCUAAACCUGAAAUUCUUAAAAGAUGUUUUUACCCCCACAGAAGAAGUCUCUGAUCACCUCUCUGGAAGUCUGUAGUGGCUGGCCACUGUGUUUCUGUGAUCAGACAGAACAGUGACUGAGGACCCACUGGAGUGUUAGGCAGUAAAGGAGUACAGCCUAAGCCAUUCAGCAUGUGUGAGGUUUGCACCGUGUCUCUCUCUCUCCCCGGAACAGGAGAGCGAGAUCCCUGAGGGGCACAGGUCCCCAAUGGCAGUGUAAUUCACAUCACAUACUGUCAUUUCAAGGCAGUUUUAAUUCCUACCCACUAAAUUUCAAUACUUUUGUAUUUUGUGCAUGCCCUUGAAAAGCAAGCUCUAUUUGCCCUGAUGCUUGUUUUAUACAAGAGUUUUUAGAUAGGAUGAAACUUAGCUUGGCCAAAAGUCGGUCUGAGUGAACUUUUAUCACCUCUGGGGAUUAGAUUGGAUUUCCCCUGUGUAGUAAAACCCAAUAAAGAAAAAAACUUUGAUCUUUCUGGGUCUGGGAGUUCUAAUCGUGGUGUCCAAUGUGAAGACAGAAACAAAAUGCAGCAAAUAAACAAAGCUUUUGGUAUCCUAA